CUGCACUACGGGACCCUCCUGGGCAGCAGAGCUUGUGCCCACAUGGCAGCAGCUGCCUGGGCCACUGCCUUUCUCUAUUCACUGAUGCACACAGCCAAUACUUUUUCCCUGCCCCUGUGCCAUGGCAAUGCCCUGGGCCAGUUCUUCUGUGAAAUCCCACAGAUCCUCAAACUUUCCUGCACACACUCAAACCUCAGAGAACUUUGGCUCAUUGCUGCUACUGCCUGUUUAGCAUUUGGCUGUUUUGUGUUCAUUGUUUUCUCCUAUGUGCAGAUCUUUAGGGCGGUGCUGAAGAUCCCCUCUGAGCAGGGACGGCACAAAGCCUUUUCCACCUGCCUCCCUCACCUGAGUGUGGUCUCCCUCUUUGUCAGCACUGCCAUAUUUGCCUACCUGAAGCCCCCCUCCAUCUCCUCCCCAUCCCUGGAUCUGGCCCUGUCAGUUCUGUACUCAGUGGUGCCUCCACAAUAA